AUGGAGACGUAUGAGAUCCUUGACAAAGUGGGAGAGGGAAGUUACGGAACAGUAGUGAAGUGCAGACACAAGGACACGGGACAGACAGUGGCCAUUAAAAUAUUGUAUGAGAAAUCAGGAAAACGCAACAAAACUGCAAUGAGAGAAGUGAAGUUUCUGCAGCAAUUUCAUCAUGAGAAUAUGGUCAACCUGAUUGACGUAUUUAGACAGAAAAAAAGAAUUCACUUGGUGUUUGAAUUUGUUGAUCAUACAAUUUUAGAUGAGCUCCAGCAUUAUUGCCGUGGAUUGGAUAACAAAAGACUUAAAAAAUACCUCUUCCAGAUACUACGAGCAGUUGAGUAUCUCCACAACAAUAAUGUCAUACAUCGUGAUAUCAAGCCUGAGAAUAUUUUGGUAUCACAGAGUGGAAUCACUAAACUUUGUGAUUUUGGUUUUGCUCGAACAUUAGCUACCCCUGGUGAUGUUUAUACAGAUUAUGUGGCUACACGAUGGUACAGGGCUCCUGAACUGGUUUUAAAAGAUCGGACAUAUGGAAAACCUGUUGACAUCUGGGCUCUAGGUUGCAUGAUGAUUGAGAUGGCGACUGGAAAUCCCUAUUUACGUAGCAGUUCUGACCUAGAUUUACUUCAUAAAAUUGUAACUAAAGUAGGCAGUUUGACACCUCAUCUUCAGAGUAUUUUUAUAAGAAGUCCAGUUUUCUCAGGGAUGGUGCUUCCUGAAGUCCAGCAUCCUAAAAAUGCAAGGAAAAAGUAUCCCCAGCUCACUGCCUUGCUGGCAGAUAUGGUUCAUGCUUGUUUACAAAUAAACCCUGAUGAUAGAAUCUCUUGUUCAGAUUUGCUGAGGCAUGACUAUUUUACUAGGGAUGGAUUUAUUGAAAAAUUCUUACCAGAACUGAAAGCCAAAUUCUUACAAGAAGCAAAAUUAAAUUCUCUUUUAAAACUCAGAGAGAAUAGCAAAGAUGUAGGACUACUAAAAGAGGAAAAAAGAAGUGCUCGUAUUAAUGCCUGUCUGAAUGGCCCAGUAUUUAGGAAGGAUCUCAGAAAGGACAAAAAAUCAAGGAAUCUAAAAGUAAAAAUUGCCAAAGUGAAAGAGGCAAAUCCUAACCUCUCUGAUAUGGCUGCCUCUGUAAUGGCUAGCAGUGAUCUCCUCACCAUGACAGAGGAUUUUCUGUCGACGCCGAUUUGUUCAGCAAUGCCACCCAUCAAUCCAAUCUGUGGGAACCUUACUGCUGCAAACUUCAGUUCACACUUUCCAAUUUCUAAUACAAGGGCAUCUGAAAAAACAAAGAAAACAAGUCCUUGGCAAUCAGUGGUACAGAUAGGAACCAGCACCAAAGAGGAAGAAGAGUCUGUGCCUCAAAUUCAGUCAGAGAAGGUUGCAGCAUAUGAACAAACUGCUCAGAUUGAUCAAACAGUCAGUGUGAACCAAAAGAAAUGUGGUAUUUCAAAAACUGAGAAAAAAGAUGUCCGCUUCCCAGAACUGCUGAUAACAUCACAGCAAAAGGAGCUGAAAGGAAUGGAAGCUAAACAGGUAAAAAUGCUGAAGAGGGAGGCAAAGAAUUCUGAAGUAUCUAAAAUACCUUCUUUACUCAAUGUUGAUCAAUGUCAAGAAAAACAAGAGACUAUGGAAAAAACACACAAAAUAAACUCAAGCAGUCUUUCCUGGAAUAAGCAAUGUACCAGCAUGUGA